AUGCUAGCCCUACAAAAAGGACUCGUGCCAGCAAUGCUCUUGGGAUUCACAAUGAAUUCAGUUAGGUUAGGCAUGUAUCACGUAGCGGAGGUGCAAGGCUGGACGAAGUCAAAGGACGGCGACAUCAAUAUUAACAAGACGAUAUUCUGGUCAAGCGCCAGCGGUGUGAUGAGCGGCCUGGCUGCAAAUCCAGCGUCCGUGGUCAAGACGCGGAUACAAGCCGCCGCACAUCCCAGUAUAGCUGUUGGACGGCAGCAUCGAUACGACGGGAUGGUGGAUGCUUUCAUCACGAUUUACAGGACUGAAGGUGUAAAAGGUUUCUUCGCUGGCGUUAAUGCGACUUGUGCAAGGUUGGCAGUCGGCAGCGCAGCACAACUAACCACAUUCUCCACUGCCAAAGAAGUUUUACAAUCGUACGGCAUUUGUCAGCAAUCGCCGCUCGGACUUGCGUUCUCUGCAAGCGCACUCAGCGGUGUGAUGGUAGCUCUGGCCAUUUGCCCGUUUGACGUCACAGCAGUUCGUCUUUAUAAUCAGGGUAUGGUCUUAGUGAAAGAAAAGCUUGUAGAACUCGGUUACUUCAAUAGUUCUCGCGCCACGCUCGCGUUCGCUGCGAGCAUUGUAUGCGGAGUUUUGUGUGUGCUUGUAGAAACACCACUGGAUGUAGUUAAUACACGUCUUUAUAAUCAGGGGCCUGCAUCAAAAGGUGAACUCCUCUACAACGGUGUGUUUGACUGCCUUAAGAAAAUUUACACCACUGAAGGAGUUCAUGGAUUAUACAAAGGAAUUGGACCUCUAUAUCUAAGAAUAGCCCCGCAUACAACACUCUCGCUAGUUAUAUGGGAUAUGUUAAAUAGCCUUUUUGAUAAAAAUAAAAAGAGUUGA